AUGCGAAGGGAAUUGUUAGGGUGUGGCUUAUCGGAGGAUGGCCAACUUGGUCUUGGCAGUCGAAGUGCAGCUUGUGUUAAACUACCAGAACAGAUAGUCGGUGCACCCCUUUGCGCUAAUGGAACAGCUGUAACUAGCGUUGCAUGUGGCGAGAAGCACACAUUGUUACUGGCUGAUGACGGUAAAAUGUGGAGUGUAGGCGGCAAUGAAGCUGGUCAGCUUGGCCGAGGUGGUCGAGGUCCUGGAAGCUUCACAAUAUACCCAGUUUCAUUCAGUGGAGGAGUGGAAAUGAUACAGAUAGCAGCAGGUCGUGCUCAUUCCUUAGCUGUUGCCGAAGAUGGCCGUCUAUUCGCGUGGGGUAGCAACGAACACGGACAACUCGCCAUGCCGCGCCAUAUACCUUGGAUGGAGACACCGAAGCGGAUAGCAGAGCUAACGGAGGUCGUUCAAGUUGCCUGUGGACCACAUCAUUGUAUAGCACUGCUAGAGAAUGGUGUAGUAGCCGUAUGGGGUGAGCAGUCAGAUGGAGCCAUUUUACACUCACCUCAAAUUGUCAAUCAACUAACGGGUAUUCCAAUUGUCAGAGUAGCCGCUGGCGGUCGGCAUUGUGUAGCUGUAUCAGCUGGUGGUGGAGUUUACGUAUGGGGUCACAACGAGUAUGGUCAGCUCGGUACAGGAGAUACACUGCCUCGUUCGGCUCCGUUUUUACUUGGAAGGAAUGAGCUCGAUGCAUAUCAUUGA